CUCUCCUUGAACCGUCAUAUUCAGACUAUCCAGAACUGCGUGGUAUACAACUUGAGAGCACCUACCGCUCACUCCGACAUGGCGCAAGAACAAGCCAUUCGUCCGCGGCCGCUGCCAAAUGUCUUGUUAUUCAUCUCAGUACCAACUGCAGCUUGGUUCCUCCUCCGGCCCCUCAUAGAUCCCGCACCGCCAUUACCCGCGCUGCAUGCCUCAGUUGGACUGUCUAUCUUUGCGCUGCUAGGCUCCCUAUACCUUAUUCCCGCACUAGGUCCGACGUUCAUUCGUGCGAACCUGAAGGGGAGAGAUCUGCUGAAGACCUAUGAUUCGCCUAUUCCGGAGAGUCAGGGCCUCAUUUGCGCUUCAAUAUACAUCAUACUUCUCAUCCUAUUUAUUCCUUAUGCUUUCACCGAAUCUAUCACCAAAUACCAUGACUCUCCGCAGAGGGCUCGCGAAGGACUUGUGGUGGACGAGUUUCCGCAUCAUCAACUAGCAGUGUAUCUCUCAUCCCUGUUGUCUCUUCUCAUGGCCACUAUGCUCGGCUUCUUAGACGAUGUCUUCGACAUUCGGUGGAGACACAAGCUACCGAUACCCAUCAUUGCGUCCAUCCCUCUGCUCAUCGUCUAUUACUCGGAGCGCGGGGCGACCGACGUCGUCGUGCCCUUACCAUUACGAUGGUUGCUUGGCACGCUGCUACACCUGGGUCCGCUGUACUACGUGUACAUGUCCCUACUCUCAACCUUCUGCACCAAUAGCAUCAAUAUACUGGCGGGUAUAAACGGGUCAGAGGUCUCGCAGGCGGUUGUCAUCUCGCUGUCCAUCAUUCUCAACGACCUUCUCUUCCUCCCAUGGGCCGUCGGAUUCCGCAUCCCCUUACCGCUGCACGUAACAGAUGGCGUCAAGGUCGGAGGAGUAUGGAGUGCGGGGAUGGCAUACGGCAGCAGAAUCCUGGUCGAGCGGCAUUUGCUCAGCUUGUACUUCAUGCUGCCGCUGCUUGGCGUGUGUCUGGGGUUCAUGUAUCACAACUGGUAUCCCGCGCGCGCCUUCCCAGGCGAUACGUUGUGCUAUGUCACGGGCAUGGCCUUCGCUGUCGUCGGUAUCCAGGCGCAUUACUCAAAGACGCUGCUCCUCUUCUUCCUACCCCAGAUUUUCAACUUCGUGCUGUCAUGUCCGCAACUGUUCGGGCUUAUCCCCUGCCCUAGGCAUCGCGUCCCGAGAUUCGAUCCCGAUACACAGCUCCUCCACCCCUCACGAGCGGAAUUCAAAGACAAGCGCCCAUCUCGACUCUCCACUCUCGUCCUCCGUCUGUAUUCCGCGCUCGGUCUCGUGGAUCUCGCAGUCGACGAGAAGACGGGCGAGAUCGCGUCGACGACCAAUUUGACGAUCCUGAACGUGUUCCUGCUCCGGUUCGGACCGAGGAGGGAGGACAGUCUCACGCGCGUGCUGAUUUCGACACAGGUUUGCGGGAGUCUGGUGGCGUUCUUCAUUCGUUACGGGCUAGCCAGUUUGGUGUACGAUGGGAACAGACGGUAG